AGGGUCGCCCCGCCGCCAUGUUGCUGAAUGAAAUUAUCCUAACUUCAAAACAUUAAAAAGCGGCUAGCGAUAGCAGUUGAUAGUAUUUAAUGGAAUAACACUUAUUUAUUAUUUUUGACCUAUUGCAAACAUGACUUAGACCUCAUGAAAUUAACACAGAAGCCUCCUUGCCGUGUUGUGUUUAACAGUUUAACGCAAUGCACCAUGGAAGUGGAUCGCAAAAUAUCCAACGACAGCUCCAAAAAUCCAAGUCUGUCUCUGGGUCAGAAGCUGAGGAGCAGCAGCAGCAGCUGUCCAUGGCAGCUACACAACCACAAGCUACAAUUAGUCACCCUCAGUCUCCUGUGACCACCUUUUCCUCCGCCGCCAGCCCUUCAGCCCCUCAGUCACCCAAUUAUCAGAUAAUCAUGAGUCGGAGCCCAGUCACAGGCCCAAAUGUGAACAUAACAUUGCAAAAUGUGGGGCUGACUGCCAAUCAACAGAUCACUCUGACCCCACUCCCCAUCCAGAACCCAGCAUCGCCGGGGUUCCAGCAUAGCACAUCUCAGUGGAGGUUUGAGCAUGCUCCUUCCUCCUACAUUCAGGUCACCUCACCGGUGCCCCAGCCCAUUCAACCCCAGAGUCCCACUCAGCAUAGCCCAGUCUCUUUGCAAGGCGUCACAAGGCCAGGGGCUCCUACUGCAGCUUUGGGAGUACGUGGACAGAGCCCUACGCGAUUCGUUGAAGCUAGCAUGAUAGUGCGACAAAUCAGUUUAGGCGGCCAAUCAGGAGGAGGCCACUUUGUUUACCAGGAGGGAACAGGACUUGCCCAGAUCGCCCCAGCAUCUGGUCAGGUGCAGCUUGCUUCUCCAGGAGCACCAGGCUGUGUGAGGGAACGCCGGCUCUCUCAGCCUCACUCUCAGACUGGCGGCACCAUCCACCACCUAGGACCUCAAAGUCCUGUUGCCACUGGCACAACACUCCCCACCCUGGGCAGCCCCGGACACAUCACCACUUCCAGCCUACCUCCGCAGAUCAGCAACAUCAUCCAAGGACAGCUGGGACGGCCCAUGGUCUUUGAGAAGACCGCUCAAGGUGUGGUUACAGGAGUAGGAACCACCGCUACAGCGACGUUCAGCAUCCCCUCCUCCAUUCCACCCUCUUGUCCAUCCCUUACUAGUCCCACACAGGGCAUCAACAACAGUGCUCUGGCACCCACCGGUAUGGCUGCAGCUUCCAUAAAGAAGCAGGCUCCCAAGAAGUUGGAAGAAAUUCCUCCUGCUACUCCUGAGAUCGCUCAGCUGAGAAAGCAGUGCUUGGAGCACCACACCAAGAAGAUGGAGAGCCUGAAGGAGAUGUUCAAAGAAUACAUGGUUGAGCUUUUCUUUCUGCAGCAUCUUCAGGGGAACAUCAUGGACUAUCACGCUUUUAAGAAGAAACAUUGUCAUCCCUUAAACACUUACCUGAGGCAGAAUGACUUGGAUCUCGAUGAUGACGAUGAGGAAGAAGAACAGUCGGAGGUCAUUAAUGACGAGGUAAAGGUUGUUACUGGAAAGGAUGGCCAAGCAGGGACACCAGUUGCCAUAGCAACGCAGCUCCCUCCCAAUGUUUCCGCUGCUUUCUCUGUCCAGCAGCAGUUUCAGGGACAUCAAGGGGCAGCCUCAGGCACCAUUACAAACCCUGGAGACAUGGAUGCCUUUAAGAGGCAACAGACUAUGGUGCAAACAGAUCAGGCUAAGAGGCCCCGGAUUGACGUUGGUCGACAUGGGCUGAUUUUCCAACAUCCUGGUGUAGCUCCUUUAGGAUCACCUGGCGUUCCGCUUCAGCAGCUAAUGCCAACCGCGCAAGGCGGUAUGCCACCUACUCCUCAAGCAGUCCAGCUUUCAGGACAGAAGCAGAACCAGCAGCAGUACGACCCAUCCAAAGGACCGCCUGUACAGAAUGCAGCCAGCCUGCAUACCCCUCCUCCUCAGCUACCUGUCAGGUUGCCUCAGGGCGCCCUACCAAUGGCAAGCAUACCCAUGGCCCUCUCUCAGCAGGCCCAGUUAGUGGAGAAUUCAACCCAUUCGGGUGUGCAACUCCAGGGACAAGUCCAAGUGCAGGGAGGUGGUCCUGUGCUGGCUGCUGUGAACCCCCUCACACAGCUGCAAAACCAGCUGCAGCAGCAGAUGCAACCUGGGGUUCACGUUCAGCUGCAACCUCAGCAACAACAGUCCCAGACAAUUCUUCAGCCUGGACAAGCGACGGUUGCACUUGCUCGGCCUGGUACUGAUCCAAACCAGUCUGUUCAGAGGAUUAUGACCAACUCGGUAUCAAUAACAUCUGUGGUUCCCGCCCCUGCACCUGCUACCAAUUCGAAUCCAGCUCCACACUCAGCAGGUUCGCUCCGUCCUCUUGGCUCCAGCAUCAACCCAGGAACCCCAUCUAAACUGACAGGAACCAACGGAAUAUCUGCUGUCAAGACCGGAGCUUUCAGCCAAAAUCCAAGCGGUCAGUGCCCACAAGAAGGUUCCCAGGAUAAGCAGGUUGAGCAGGCCAAACUGGAGAGUCAGGUGCACCAGCGCAUCUCUGAUCUCAGGAAAGAGGGUCAGUGGUCAUCCAGCAGGCUCCCUAAACUAGUGGAAGCUUCACGCCCAAAGUCCCACUGGGAUUACCUUCUGGAGGAGAUGCAGUGGAUGGCUGCAGACUUUGCUCAGGAGAGAAGAUGGAAGGAAGCUGCUGCAAAGAAGCUUGUUCGUACUUGUGCUCGUUACCACCAAGAGAAGAAGAACAGUGAAGAAAGAUCACAGGAACAAAGGGAAGUUCAUCUUCGUCAUAUUGCCAGUACAAUUGCUCGAGAAGUUGAAUUCUUCUGGUCAAACAUAGAGCAGGUUGUGGAAAUUAAACUCCAGUUUCAAAUCAACGAGAAGAGGUUCAAAGCACUUGGCUUACAAAAAGCAGCAGUAUCUGGUCAGUCAUCAGGGGAAAAAGUUGAUAGAACGGAGGGUGGUAACUCUGGCAGAAAGAGAAAAACAAGUUUUUCCACAGUAGAUGAAGAGGUUCCUGACGAAGAGGGCACCAUAGAGGAGCAGGAAGUCAUGGAAGGAGACUCGGACCACAAAGCAGAAUUGAUCGACCUUGCAAAAGAUGCUGAGAUGUCUUUGGAUGCUCUGAAGAAGCAGUACGCUGGUGCCUAUGCUGAGGAUUUUGAGUGGCCUCAGCCUAGUCCUCAGAGUGAUGAGGAUGAUGGGGAAGAGACUGAAGACAUGGACUGUGUACCAUGCAGUCCACCUGAAGCAGUGGUGCUGGACUCCGUGUUUAGCAUGGACCACCAACGGAGCGCAGAUAAAUCCUCGUCUAACUCUAAUGGGAAGGCUGGCAGAGACAUUGCUGAAGUGGCAGCUGCUACAGAGCUCCUGCUGCCCAAGGGCAGCCUCAGAAUCACUUCAUCUACCCGCAGCCCAGCUCCUAUUUUGUUACAUGGUUUGUUAAGAGAGUAUCAGCAGAUUGGUGUGGACUGGCUGCUUAACCUUUAUAAGAAACGGCUCAAUGCGAUCUUAGCCGAUGAGACGGGCCUUGGCAAGACUGUGCAGACAGUGGCUUACCUAGCCCACUUAGCUGGUCAAGAAGGUAUUUGGGGACCCCAUCUAAUUGUAGUAAGGACAUGCAAGUUGCUAAGUUGGGAGCUUGAGUUUAAGCGCUGGUGUCCGGGCCUUAAGAUUCUCCUUUAUUUAGGCAACAGAAGGGAGCGCAGAUGCAAGAGAAUGUUCUGGGAGGAAACCAACAGCUUUCAUGUUUGUGUGACGUCAUACAAGCUGCUGAUGAAAGACCAAAAACAUUUCCUAAAGAAAAGGUGGAGGCAUCUGGUUCUGGAUGAGGUGCAACUUAUCAAAAACAUGAUGGAAAAACACUGGGAAACUGUCUUUGGUCUCAGAAGUGAGCAAAGGAUCCUUCUUAUCCACACUCCGCUUCAGAAUAAUCUGAAGGAAUUUUGGACCACGAUCCACUUCCUGAUGCCAGGACUCACCAGGCCGUACUCAGACUUUCCUGUUGCGGCAGACACAGACCAGAACCAGGACUACUGCCAUAAGCUGGUUAUACGCCUGCACAGGAUGAUCCAGCCGUUCAUUUUGCGACGCUCUAAAAGGGAUGUGGAGAAACAGCUUCCAAAGAAGUACGAGCACAUUCUGAAGUGCCGGCUUUCAAAUAGACAGAAGACGCUUUAUGAGGAUAUCCUUACGCAGCCUGGGACACAAGAGGCUCUGAAGUCGGGUCAUUUUGUCAGCGUGCUUCAGGUUUUGAUGCAGUUGCAGCGCGUGUGCAAUCAUCCUGAGUUGGUUGUACCUCGAGAAACCAGCAGCUCCUACUUCUGUCCAUCUGUUGAGUACAAUGUGCCGUCACUGGUUCUAGGAGCUAUUGAGACCGACCCCAGCAAGACUGUAAACCUGUCCAUGUUUGAUCUGAUCAAUCAUGAGAACCAACUGACUCGGUACCAGACUGAAGAAGCAGAACCUAAACUAAAGGUCACUCGGCAGCUCAUUGAGGAGAUCUACAGUGGUCCCGAGCAACCACCAAGACCCAAACCGUGUCCGAUUAAACCAUCAAGGCUGUUCCAGCCAGUGCAGUAUGGUACAAAGCCAGAAGGUCGGUUAGUCGCAUUUGGAAAUACGGCGGGUCAGCGGCCCCCUACAAGCACCUUAGUUUCCACUGUGAGCCAAUCAGGCCAGACCAGAGGCAAGUCCCCCGUUUCUGCUCCGACCACUACGCCUACCUCUCACGCAAUCGGAACAGCUACUCAGAGAGCCCAGGCUACUCCUACUGUCAGCAGCAGCAACAACACUGCAUCUUCCUCCAUUGCCGCCUUUGGGAACAGUGGCUAUGGGCAGCAUGUUUUGGGAGCUACUCCUUUGGCCUUGGGUCAGACCUUAGCUGGAACAGUUGUAGGCUCCGUGACUUCCAUCAGCCAGGCUGGAAUAACACAGAUUCCAAGGCCAGGUUUAGCCCCAAGCCAUGCCAUCCAGCCCAGUCUUUUGUCCCAGAGGUUGGUUCUUACAUCUCAGGCCCAGGCACGGUUGCCUAGCGGAGAUGUGGUGAAGAUCGGCCAGCUGGCCAACAUGUCAGGGAGUCAGAAUCGUAUUUCCCAGCCGGAGACUCCCGUCACGCUGCAGUUUCAGGGGAACAAGUUCACCCUGUCCCCCAGCCAGCUCCGCCAGCUGACCACUGGACAGCCAUUGCAGCUCCAAGGUACACUCGGCAACAUCCUGCAGAUUGUGUCCGCUCCAGGGCAGCCGAUCAUAAGGCCCCAGGGUUCCAUGGUAAUGCAGACGAUGCCUCAAAGUGUUCCUGCGUCUAGUGCAGCAGUUACACCCGGAACACCCCACCCUGCCCUCUCAACAGCUCAGCAAGCAGUGGGUGGGACUACAAAUGCAACAUCAUCUCCAACCAAGCUUACUGCUGGAAGUCAUGGUGCACCCCAGGAGGUUUCAGAAGAAAAGACGCAGCAGCUGAAGGAGCGGCUGAACCGCUUGUUUGAAGCAAACGAGCAGCGCUGUAACCGCAGAGUGUUGUACGGGUCAGAUCUGCUGCAGGCAUGCACUGUGAGCUGCGAACCUGCUCACAGCGCCCUGACGGCGGGAGGCUGGAGGUGGGUAGGCAGAGAGAGCUGUAUUCGAGCUCAGGAAACCUGCGUGGGAACCACCUCUUUGCUGCAGUCUUCUUUGCUUACUGUGGAGGACCAGCAUGAAUCCAGAAAAGGCCUGAUCAAAAGGCUGAAAGCCGUGGUGCCAGCAGCUGUAGCUCCGCCUCCUCAUCUAUAUGCAGCCAAUCCUUCAGUUCCCUACAGGCUUGAGCAGAAAUCCUUUCAGCGGCGCCUGCUGGAGGCCUCUGAGCCCCACAGUGCAGACAUCCACCAAUUAGCAUCCAGACAUUUCUUAAGGCACCCUGACUUACAGUUAAUGCAGAUGGAUUCAGGUAAACUGGAAGCUCUUGCCAUCCUGCUGCAGAAGCUGAGGUCAGAAAGUCGGCGUGUCCUCAUCUUUACUCAGAUGUUAAAGAUGCUGGACAUCUUGGAGGCCUUCCUGGAUUACAGGCAGCUCAAAUAUGUGCGCAUUGAUGAAAACCUCACAUUUGAAGAAACACAGGAAAAUAUGAAAAAGUUCAACACCAACAGGCAGGUUUUCUGCAGCAUCCUGACCAACUGCUGCUGCUCAGAUGUGGGCACCAUCGUCGACGCAGACACGAUCAUCUUCUAUGACACAGACCUCAAUCCCAGCAUGGACGCCCGCACUCAAGAGUGGUGUGACAAAGUGGGGCGUUCCAAGGAUAUUCACAUAUACAGGUUGGAAAGUGGCAAUUCAAUUGAAGAAAAACUGCUAAAAAAUGGCACCAAGGAGCUUAUAAGAGAAGUGGUUGCACAGGGUACUGACUACAGUUUAGCUUUCCUAACACAGUCGACAAUCCAAGACCUCCUGGAAGUAGAGGCGACUUCAGGGGUGAAGGUGGAGGAGUUUGUGGUGCUUCAUCAGGAGCCAUCGGCCUCUGAAGCGAUUUCUCCUAAAGUAGCGAGACCCUACAUACAGGCUCUGCACAGUAUAAAUCUGGACAGCCAAUCAGAGGAAGAAGAGCACCAGGAGGAGGACUUGGGUAGCAAACAGUCACCAGAGGAGUCGGAGAUCCAAGCUAAAGAAGAGCCCGGUCUGUUAGAGGAGUUGAACGCAGUCAUGGAACAGCUUACUCCUAUUGAAAGAUACGCUCUGCAUUACCUGGAGUACCUCCACAUCAGUGAUGAUGCUGCCCUAAAAGAGAGGUUGGAGUGUGCAAAGAGAGCCUGGGAGCUUCAGCAGCUACAGAAACUAAAGGAGCAGGAUGAGGAGCACCAGACGACUGAGAGAGAGGAAGAUCUCUUCACCUACACCAGAGAAGAUGCUUACAACAUGGAAUACGUUUUUGAUGCUGAGGAAGGGCAUACCGAAAUCAUGCCGGUUUGGACUCCACCCACCCCCCCACAGGAUGACAACGAUAUUUACAUCGAUUCAGUCAUGAUGUUAAUGUAUGACACCACACCUAUGCCAGAGUCCAAGCUGCCUCCUAUCUACAUCCGCAAGGAGCAUAAGAGACUGAAGAUGGACCCCUCAGCUGCCAGAAAGAAGAAGAAGGGUCACGGGGAGACGGUGAUUCCUCCACGCUCUCUCUUUGAAAAGGCCAGCAUGCUCAAAGUUCGGCGUGAAGGAAAAGACCAGAAAAAGAACUUUUCUCUCAAGCAGCCUCCUUUCGCCAAACCCCUGCCAUCUCUGGCUAAGCCUGCCAUGGAGGCUGGUCAGGAUAACCCAGAGUGGCUCAUCAGUGAGGACUGGGCUCUGCUGCAGGCAGUGAAGCAGCUGCUGGAAUUGCCUUUGAACCUGACCAUCGUGUCUCCUGCCCACACACCAAACUGGGAUCUGGUCAGCGACGUGGUGAACUCCUGCAGCCGCAUCUACCGCUCCCCGAAACAGUGCCGCAACCGCUAUGAGAAUGUCAUCAUUCCUAGAGAGGAGGGCAAGUUGGUGUACGAAGCGAAUCCUAAGAAGAAAUCCAAGAGCAUAUAUAAGUCUAAGAACAGCCGUCCUUUGAGGACCUGUCAAAUCUACACACAGGAUGACAACAGCUCACAGAUUCAGCUGUACAGCAGCCGCUUUGAGCUCAUGAGGAUAAUCGCCAGCAAGAGGAGCCCUCCGAUCAAGCCUCUGGGGCUUGGAAUGAAUCCAUUCCAGAAGAAUCCAAAACAUGCUUCAGUCUUAGCAGAGAGUGGGAUCAGCUACGAUAAGCCCUUACCUCCCAUUCAGGUGGCCUCUCAGCGAGCUGAAAGGAUUGCAAAAGAGAAAAAGGCCCUUGCAGAGCAGCAGAAGGCCCAGCAGCAGUUGGCCCAGCAACAGGCUGGAGCUCCUCAGGCUCAAGCCACGGCUGGUCAGGCCCAGACUCCUGCCGCUGGCCAAGCGCAGGUUCCACAAGCAGCCGGGGUGACUGGAGCUACUGCUGUGCCCAACGCAGCCGUACUGGCUGGAGCUAUAAAAACCGCCACUGUGGGCACAACCAUUCAGGCUGCCACUGUAGGGGGGAAUGUGAUUGUGAACACAGUAGCAGGGAUUCCCCAAAGCCCCUUCCAGGCCAAUAAACGCCUGGCAUCUCCAGUCACCCUGUCUCCUGCAGGUGCAGCUGGAGCCCAGGUGGUCCACCCACAGCAGAGGGCUGUCCCCGCCGCCGCUGCCUCUGCUGAGGUGGUCGCUAUAGCUACAGGUGGAGGCGUGCGAGCCGUUACCCCAGUAACAGCCCCUGCUGUGGUCUCUACUACUUUAAGCCCUGUGCAGUCACAGACACGCCCGCUGGUCCCUCAGGUCACACCAGCGACAGGUAUUCAGAUGGCAGGGAAGUCUCUUCAUGCAAACCAACUGCAGAUCUUACGACAACAGCAGCAUCUGCAGCAGACGCAGCAACAGCAGGCUGCGUCCACUCAGAUGAAAGCUGUAGGCAAACCUCAGGACUUGUUAAAAGUGCAGAGACACAAGGUGCCGUUGCAGCAGGUGGCUGCAGCGACACAGGCUCAGCAGGCAGGCGUGGCACAGCAGACCACCCAGGUGCAGCCCGCUCAGGCCGGCCAAGCCAGUCCUCAGCUCGCUGCCGUGGCUACAGCCAGACCUGGAACUGUCCUCACUGCAAACGCGCUGCAAGUGACCAGACUGACCCGGGUGCCCACUCAGGGGCAGAUCCCGGCCCAGGGAGGACAGACGGCUCAGGUAACCCUCACUAAACCUCCUGUGGUCUCUGUGCCGGCUGUGGUCUCUGCAGUGACCACCAUGUCAUGUGUGGCUAUUAAUCAAGCACAGAAAACUGGGGGCCCGGUGCUGACGCCAGCCUUCUCUCAGAUGCACGUCGGGCAGCUGAUUCCCAUGAAGAAGCAGCAGCAUCCAGCAGCCAUCCAGGCAGCCGCGGCGCAGCAGAAAGCAGGGCAGCCUCAACAAGGACAGGCUGCCGUGCAGCAGAAGAUUGGAACCCAGCAGGUGACGAUGCAGACAGCUCCGUCAGCGCAGCAGCAGAAGGUCACCUACGCAGCAACAACUCAGCUCCAGCCGGGAAUCAAAACCCAGUUCUUCACCACCACCACCCCCAUCGCCCAGGCCCCAAAACCAGCUGGAGCCCAGCAGAUCCAGGUGACUAAGCUUCCACAAAUAGUGCAGCAGCAGACGACUGUGGCCAACAUUCAGCAGAUUGUUUCCUCUUCCCAGCAGGUCCAGCCUCAGACUGUGACUCUGGCCCAGCCCACCACUUCAGCUCCCGCUCAAGUCCAGAUGAUUCCCGCAGGGCCGCCCAGCGCUCAGGUGGUUCAGCAGAAGAUCAUCCCCCAGCAGGUGGUAACCCCCGCCACACAGAUCCAGCCCCAGAAUCCGCACAGCCCCGCCCACCUGCCCGCCGCCCCUUCGGCCGCAGAGUCCCCCGGACAGCAGUCCGGUCAGGCCCAGCAGCCCAACAAGAAUCCAGCUCGCCAAGGGGGGGUCAGGACCAAAACCCCCGCCAAACCCAGCGGGGGGAGCAGCUAGUCCUGCUUUGUGACGAAUCCCCUUGCCCUAGUUUUUUUGGUUUUUCUGCGGAUCACAUGACGUUACAGAUCCCGCAGCCUCCAAGUCCUGGAAACCAGCCGCUGUCUUUAUCACACCAAACCCUUUUGUUUACGCCUGUUAACUCUAGUCAGCUCUGAGUGUUACAGAGCUAAUAAGUGAUGAGCUCUGGAGGAUCAGCGACGACCCGCCGCCGCUUCUGUUCUGCUCCACAGCCAUCAGGAGCAGCGAUCCCUUCUUAACCUCAUUUAAAUGUACAUUAUUUGUUAUUAACAACUUCAUUCUGAACCCUGCAAACCACGACAGCCCAGUCCUCCACACAUCACUGCUGUCUUCUGUUUGAUAAAUAUAUAUCUGCCCUAACAGACGUCCCAGGCUGGGGAUGGAGUCACUCUGCAUUAGUGUCAGUGUGUUCAUUAUUAGUCCCUGUCUGUCUGUUUCUGUUGUUACUAGUGAAAAAAGAUGGUUGUUCCUUUAAUCGCUUUAUUUUUUUUUUUUUUAAAUCAUUAUUUCAGUAAAUACACUGUAAACAUGUACUUUAGUGUUUUUGUGUUUCUCAAAUUCUUUUUUUAAUUGAUGUCAAAAGAAAAAAAAAACUGUAAAUAUCAGCAAAAACAUUUGUACUUGUAAAGUAGUUGUGUUUUCAUUGGAUUUUUCAGCCUAAUUGUAAUAAAGUGUUUUGUUUUUAUACACAAA